UGGGAGGACUCAGACAAGCGCUUUCUCCUCCCCUCAUGUUCACUCCUCCCCUCCAACUGUCUCCGCACUUUCAGUCAUUGAUUGCGCCUCCAUUGGACUCGUCUCGCACGCUGCUUUCCUCCUGUGGCAGUUUUUACGAUGUUUGCGUGCAGAGCAGCCUGGCAGAGGUGUGGGCCUCUGGCGCGACAGUCCUUGUACCGCGCUCGGCUCAAUAGAGAUGUAGUUCCACGGAGGCUCAUGUCGUCAGUUCCUGGCGGCUCCGGUGAGAAUUUCCUUUAUGUCGUUCUCUGCGGUGGAGCCUUCGCCGGUGCCGUGGCAUAUGCUUACAGAACAGUUGCAACAGACCACGCACGUUUUGUUGAUCGUGUUUCUGAAAUUGAUGCUCGUCCCAAGUCUGACUGGAAACCCAAACCAUGGCCACCCAAGAGUGAGGAGAAUGGCAAUGAAGAAGCUAGUGCAGAGGAAGGAGAGGUGGCAGAAACUGUAGAGAGCACAGCCGAGGAGGAUGUUCCUGCUGAGGCAGCUGAGGUCUUGCUGGAAACAGACGAGGCCACCAGAGGGAAGGUGGGAACUCUUGAGACCGUUGUGGAAAAGGUUGCAGAGACUGCAGAGGUGGUUGCUGAGGUGGCGGGGGUUGUUCAUGAAACCGCAGAGGAGGUGGCAGCGGUGGCAGACGAAGUGCAGAAGGUAGCAGAGGAAGUAGAAGCAGCAGCAGAGGCUGUCGUAACUCCUGUUAUCCAAGCUGAAGAGCCGGCGUCAGAGAGCAACGGGUUGGUUAGCACACCAGCAGCAGAAACAGUAAAGCUGGCUGCUGCCUCCGUGAUCGAGGCUGUUCCUGUGGAGUCUGAAUCUGUGGAAGAUGUGUCAGUUGAAGCUCUACCAGAGAUGCCCACUGAGGUUCCUACAACAGAUCAUUUGGAAAAUGUACCAGUAACAGAGAUGACACCUGUUGCUCCAGUGAUGGAGGAGGAACCAGCUUCUCUAGUAGCAGAAGAAGUAGCAGAGGCACCAGAUGCCACUGUAAUAGAAGAGCCUCCUGUAGCAGAGCAAUUGUCCGUUCCUCCAGUGACGGAAGUAAUAUCAGUUUCCCCUGUUGUAGAUGAGCCUGUUGCCACAGUGGUAGAAGAGUCUCCAGUAGCAGAGGAGACACCAGUUGAUUCAGCAGCAGAAGUAUUUGUUGCUCCAGUGAAUGAAGCAGCACCAGUUUCCCCAGUGGUAGAAGUGGCUCCAGUUGUAAAGGAGACACCAGUUGAUUCUCCAGUAUCCUCAGAAGAAGCAUCUGAUGUCCCUGUGAUAGAAGAGGAAGUUUUAGUUGCCCCAGUGACAGAAGAGACAUCUAUUGCCCCAGCAGCAGAGGAGGUAUCAGUUGCCCCAGUGAUAGAAGAGAUGCCUGUUGCCCCUGUGCCAGAAGAGGCAGCCGUUUCCUUUGUAACUGAAGACGCACCUGUUGUAGCAACUGAAGAACUUGAGGAAACACUUGCAGCCAAAGUAGCAGAAGAGGAUAUUUCAGUGGUUGAGGAAGUGAAGGCAGAAGAGGUGAUUGCAGAAAGUGCAGUUGUGGAGGCUCCAGUAAGUAUAGUCGAGGAACAAGCAGCAAGUCCAGUUGUGGAAGUUACAGAAAGUGUUGUUGAAACAGAUGUUGCAAGCAUAGUGGUCACUGAGGAAGUUGCUCCAGCUGAAACGUCAAGUGCACCUUUGGAAGAGCCCAAACGACACUACAUACUGGUUGUCUUGGAGGGAGCUCCCAAAACAGAAAAGAAGCCAAUGGUGCUCGGUGUAUCACCCGUGACUGGCAAGAUCAUCCCAGCCCCUGAUGAUGGUGAAGAGCCAUCGGGACAGGUAACAGGGCAAGCACCAUAUGCUUAAAGUGCAGAUGUAUUAAUACCAACUAAAAAAGUUGGGAGCAGUCAGAUGUCAUGGGAUAGUAAACCGGUUCCCUGAUAAACAAUUAGUGAUGUGCCUUCCCCAUUUCCUUGAGCCCCUGGAUUUCAGUAAUCCUUACACUGGGCCCAAUAUGCAGUUUCCUUCCGACUCAGCUCAAAAUAAUACUCUAUUUCCACUGCUCUCCACUGGAGAGUGGUUACUUCAUGUGAACAUUCACUUCACUCUGAUGUGAGACAAAAGUUUCUUGAAAAUUAUAAUGUGCAUGAAAAGCUGUGACCUAUAUUUAUAGCCUUUUUAAAUGGAACUCCACUCUUUUUGACUCAACUGCACAUUGGAGCCUAUACUAUAGUGAACCCUACCUCAAACAUCACAUUAUAGGACAUGUCUUGGAAUUGGCAUGUCAAUAGUUGCAACCAGCAGGGCUACAAAUUU